AUGCCCAUGACAUCAAGCCCUGGUGACGGACGGCUUGGUGCCAAGCUCGACAAUCGGGUUUCGCACGUGGACCCCUGCUCUGCCCUGCGGCCCCACCACCCAGACCCAUGGGGCUUUCUCGGCCAACCCGCCGAGACGAGGAUUUUCUUUGGUUUGCCCCGCAGUCGGGACCUCCACCGUUCGGAGUGGAGGUCCAUCGUCACCCUCGUGGUCUUUGUGCUUGCGAACGCCAUGUCCCUCACUACCGUCCAGCGGUCGGCCUUUGUGCGCUUGGACUUCCCCAUGAACAUCGUUACGGCACCACUCAUUUCCGACCUUUUUCUGCUCGCCAUCUUAGCCAUCGGGGCCAAAGAGGUUAGGGAGGGAACGUUGGGCGCCGACAACAUCUCACCACUCGACAUUAUGCUCUUUUUCAUCUCACUAGCAUACAUCGCAAUUUCCAUCGAUGCGUCCGGCAUCAUCCGAUUCCUGGCCUUCAAAGUGCUACAAUGGGGCGGUGAGGCCGGCCACCGCCUGUUCUUCUACCUUUACGCCUUCUGGUUCGGCCUCACCAGCUUCGUAGGGAACGACCCGGUAAUCCUUUCGGGGACCGCCUUCCUAGCGUACAUGACGCGUGUCUCAAGCAACAUUGUGCACCCGCGGGCCUGGAUCUAUAGCCAAUUCGCCGUGGCCAACCUCGCUUCCGCCAUCUUGGUCUCCUCCAACCCGACCAACCUCGUCCUGGCGGGCGCGUUCCAGAUCAGGUUCAUUGACUACACGGCGCAUAUGAUUGUUCCGGUCAUCAUCACUGGCAUCGUCCUCUUCCCAUUUCUACUCUACAUCGUCUUCAACAAUGAGUCGCUCAUCCCGCGUUCCAUCAAGAUGCACGAGCUCCCCGAGGAGGCAAGGGGUCGAAAGCCAGUCAACCCGAAUAUUCCUCACGCUAGAGGGACCGCGGAGCAGCAGGAGGACGCACCCGGCGAGCAAGGCAAGCUGCUGUCCCUCGAGGAGAUUGUCAACCCAUUUCUGGACCGCAAAGGCGCGAUAUUUGGCGCAGUCCUCAUGGCAGCAACGCUCAUCGCCGUCCUGGCAUUCAACGCCGCGGCCCAGAGCACGGGGGAAACCCAUGUUUUCUACAUCACCCUACCGGCCGCUGUCAUCAUGUUCAUUUGGGACGUGUCAUCUGGGUGGCUCAAUCGACACGAAACCCGCGAGAUUGCCCGCAAAGGGCGAGAGGAACUCGAGCGUCUGCGGCUGGAAAGGGAGCUGCGAGAAGAGCAGGAAAUGAUAGCGCUUGCAGCGCAGGGGUUGAGGCCUGCGUCGUUGGACGAGUCCGUAUCCGCGCCAAUGGACUUGCCGGAUGCCGGGCUGAGGUCUCGGAAGAGCGAACUUGGCAAUGCGAGCGCGGACGACGAACUCACCACGGCUGGUAACACGCCUCAGAAGUCACCCACGCAAGAGAUCGGCGUGGCAGAGGGCUGCCGGGAGAAGAACGCUGGCAUCAAGACCCCUCAGGGAUCACACCGUUCACAGCGGCCGCAACAGACGACUCUGGUCUCGCUGAUGAAGGACGCCUUCACGUGGUCCCAGGAAACGUUCCCGACGGCAACGGCCGUGAUGGCCCACCUACCCUUCGCCCUGGUACCCUUCGCCUUUUCCAUGUUCGUCCUUGUUCAAGCACUGGUAAGCAAGGGUUGGGUGGGGAUUUUUGCUCUCGGCUGGGACGCCUGGGUGAGAAAGACGGGGACGAUAGGGGCCGUUGGCGGAAUGGGCUUCCUUUCCGUCAUCCUAUGCAAUUUCUCGGGCACCAACAUCGGCACGACCAUCCUCCUCUCUCGCGUGAUCCAGGCUUGGGAGGUGAUCCACCACUUCGACGAGACCGACAUAUCGGUUCGUACCCACUCGGCCACCAUCUACACCAUGGCCCUGGGUGUCAAUUUCGGCGCCUUUAGCACCGCCAUUAGCGCCUCGCUGGCUGGUCUGCUGUGGCGGGAUAUCCUCGGCAAAAAGCACAUCCACAUCAAGCGGCUCGACUUUGCCACCGUCAACCUGCCCAUCAUCGCCAUCGCCAUGACAGUCGGCUGCGUGGUGCUAAUCGGAGAGAUGUAUAUCAUGAAGGAUGAGAGUCCGAUACCGUUAUGA